AUGGUCCGCCUAAUCACCCACAACCUACUCGCGUGCCACGCCAAAGGCUGCACCUCAAACAACUUUCCCCUGCAGCUCAAGGACGUGCAGGUCGAGCUGAGAGACGCCGAGUACAACGCCGACUUCUUGCGCGGGUUUAUUUCGCGCAUAGAAUGGCCCGCACUCGUCGACGCAGCGCGACAGCUGGGGGACACAUCCCUGCCCAACGAGCCGCCGGAAAUGAUGGACGACGACUUCCUGCAAAAACUGCACCAUGUCCUCCUAGAGAUCCACAUAGAGGAGGGUGCCAUGAUCUGCCCAAAUUGCGCGCAUGUAUACCCCAUCUCGAACGGCAUCCCAAACAUGCUGCUCGCAGAACACGAGAUCGGCUGAUCGUCAUGCUGCAAUGCAGUCACAGACCAUCGAUAUUGUAUGACCUCCACAGUGUAUCGGGCUCGUGUAAUCACACUCAGUCAGAAGCGAAAGCGCUGUCCCUUUUGCCUGCUUACAGGAACCACGCCGGGUAGGGUCUCAUUACUGCACGCUCGUAUCGCUGUUAUGCACGCACUAGGCGUCCUUCUACGUCAACUGUGAAUGCGGAACCAUAUGGGUACUGUUACCAUGACACGGAGGCUUGUUGUCACCGGUACAUCCACAACAAUGGGACUUACUUCUGGGUCCACCCCAGCUGUAACGAUAUCUGUACCUGCAGACAGCCAGAG